ACAAUUACAAAACCCACGUGAUCUGUUAACUGAUUCGUCUUGUCCGAAGUAAUAGAAAGUGAAACGAAAGGCCAAUCUUCUCCACAACAAUGGCGGCCACAAGAGUGAUGAUGACUGCAGCUCAAACCACCUCGUGCUUCCUCGCCAAACGAGCUUUCCUUCUCCCAGAGAAAACAUCACACGGCGCUCUAUGCUUCAACAAAAGAGCUUUAGCUUUGAAAUCGAAACGACCCUUCUCUUGCAGUUCCAUAUACAACCCUCACGUUAAGGUUAAAGAAGAAGGUCAACCCGAAACACUAGAUUAUCGUGUCUUCUUCCUCGAUGGCUCUGGAAAGAAGGUUUCUCCAUGGCAUGAUAUACCGUUGACCUUAGGAGAUGGAGUUUACAACUUUAUAGUUGAAAUCCCUAAAGAGUCCAAAGCCAAAAUGGAGGUUGCUACUGAUGAAGCUUCCACUCCUAUUAAACAAGAUACUAAAAAAGGAAAGCUCAGAUACUAUCCAUACAAUAUAAACUGGAACUAUGGGUUGCUUCCACAGACAUGGGAAGAUCCAUCUCGGGCUAACUCUGAAGUUGAAGGAGCUUUUGGUGAUAAUGAUCCAGUUGAUGUUGUUGAGAUUGGUGAAGCCCAAAGGAAGAUAGGGGAAGUUUUAAAAAUCAAGCCUUUGGCUGCUUUAGCUAUGAUUGAUGAAGGAGAGCUAGACUGGAAGAUUGUUGCUAUUUCAUUGGAUGACCCUAAAGCUCAUCUUGUCAAUGAUGUUGAUGAUGUUGAGAAACAUUUCCCGGGUACAUUAACAGCCAUUAGAGACUGGUUUAGAGACUACAAGAUCCCAGAUGGGAAGCCUGCUAACAGAUUCGGUCUUGGAGACAAACCAGCUAACAAAGACUAUGCAUUGAAGAUAAUCCAUGAAACAAAUGAAUCAUGGGCUAAGCUUGUGAAGAGAUCAGUUGAUGCUGGAGACCUUUCACUUUUCUGAACAGUUU